GAUGACGCUAGUACGUCACCAUCUCCCGUGCAUAUGCAGUACUUAUUAGCAUUACACGUACGUCUUAUCAUUACCUGUUGCACCGCAUUAACUGUGUUUAGCACUUGGCUCGAUAGUCAAGACAGGUACGAGCAGUACACAUACGAUCAGCAUUACACUGUUGCGAUAACACUGGGCUUUGAAGUUCUGAUCCGCUGAAUGUUUUGUCAGAGAACUUUAGUCGAGGAGUUAUGAUCGCACAGCUCUGGAAUUUCUUAUGAUUACUGGUUUCGACUAAUAAAAGCGUAACGGAAGUCGAGCGGUGUUUCUCCCGUAGAUUUUCAUAGAAAAUCGUUCUUCUUCCUAGCCUGCCCCGUGGCAUGGCUAUCAUGGUAGCAGAUACUAAGAUCCGCCAAAUCUGAGCAUAAUUUCAUAUUGGAAGCAAUAUCUCAUCUUUGUCGGAAGUUGGUGUGGUGGACGCUGAUUCUCCAAAGCAGUAUCGUCGUGAACUUUCAUUUUGCAGUGUUUUGGUUUUCGUGGACUACGGAGCGGUGAGCCACGGUGCGCGAAACCCGUGCAGUUUGGACGUGGGGUGUUGUUGCGGUGAGACACGGUUCCCGAAACUCCGUGCAGCAAGGAUUGUGAAUCGUCGAAGCAUUAUGGCCGACCAGCAGUGUCCGAACUGUGCCCGCACAGGACGCUUGUGUGUGACGUGCAUCCUCAAGCAGGCGCCGAAUGUACAACAGCGCGUCUUUAUGCUGCACCUGGAAGCACUACUGGGCAAUUACCAGGCAUUCCAGUGUCUCCUGUUGCGCGCCCACUGGGAGCAUGUCAUCGUCAACCGUGACUACUACGAACAAAUUCGUGUCGCAGUCGAUCAUUUCCGCAGUACGAAGGAUGGCUGGAGCAAGGCACAGCAUGUACCGACAUGGGACGAGAUGAAAGCACAGGAGCAGCAGCAUCACCAGCUCAUGUCGCAAGCACGCCAGCAGUUGAACGCUGAAGAGCAGCCUCCAGUCCAGCAUGAUCAGUCUGCCGUAGCAAUGCCAGCCGCCUUAGUUCAGCAGCAGUGGAAUACCGUUGGUCGUCAGCCGUUUGGUGCACGCCACUUUCCUGACCGCUCAACGGUGCCUCAGAAUCCGCAGCAGCGCCGAGCCGAUGCACCGGCAGCACAGCCACGCCAGUACAGCACCCGCAUGCCUAAUUUGCCAGCUGCGGAUGAGCGCGCCGACCGCAUUCUGCUGACGUUGGGUUUUGAUAAGCAUGACCAGCGCAAACUGAUGAAAGGCAUGUUAACCCGUACGAUGAGCACACUGGACCGCUUUCUGGCGAAUUCCGGUUUACUGGAAGAGAUGCAAGCGGAAAAGUAUAACUACCGUGAUGAUCGCCCGAAGAAGGAAGAACGCGAUAUCCGGUACGGUUAUCUUCGCAGCAAUGGCAUGCCCUCAGCAUUACAUCCUGAGAAUUUCGAACACAGCAUUCUGACUAUCGAUAUUGAAGCAUUGAGUCAACUUGUGUACCAUCCGCGUAAAAGCAUGAUCCCGUACUUGUUCAAUUUCAUUAGUCCAGAUGCGAACGGUGCAAACCUGUUGUACGCCGGUCGUGUAGCAAUAUUCACCGAUGAGAUGUUGGUCAUGAUGAAGGAAGAGCAAGAUUUUCGUAGCAUGGACCGUCGUAAACAGCAGAUUAUGGUGAAUUACGUCCGUUUGUAUUUUGGUGCAUUGCUGGGACAUCACGGAUGUCAUAAGCAGUUGGCCGACGCUCCGCAUGAAGACAGCGCUUUCUUUCACGAAGCAAUAGUUAAUCUUGGUCCGACACUGAACGUACAGGACAAGAUCGACCGCAUUCGCCAUGCAAUGGAAAUUGGUUUGGAGAAAGUUGCUGGAAAGCCAGUUGAGCAGUUGGUAGUAAAUCCGCAUGAUGCCGUGGAAAACGUUCUCACUCAGUUGCAGAAGUUGAAGGACAAGUACGAGCCGCAAGGCGGACAACAGCAGCAAGUCGCACAAAAUCAGCCGCAGCACCAGCCAGUGUUCAACUUGAACCCGCAGGGAAACGCUGCACAGUUGCAAGGUAUUAUCCCGGCAGGUGAGAAUGCCGCAAUGGACGAAGUCGAAGACUCAAGUGGCGGAUAGUGUGGCGCAGUUGAAUUUCUCCGCAGAAACUAUGGAGCAUUCGGGAAAAGAGCAGUAGUUUGAAUAGCAUGUACUGAAUUACUAAGCAAUAUUUAUUUUGUAAAUUAGCAUUAUUUUUCUGUAAUCAAUAUUUCUUUGAAUUCCGCAAUAGACUUGAUUUG